ACACAGAUCGGGAAAGAACAUAUAAAGGCAUAGACCAGAGCUUUCCACAGGUCCCACGACUCCGCAAUCAUCAACCACCCGACGCACCUCUGAACGUUUCCUUCCAGUGGGUGAGCGAGAGAGAGAGAGAGAGAGAGAGAGAGAGAGAGCUACACGCUCAGGGGAAAACAAUCUUCUUCCUUAUGGCGAGCGCAGCGGAGGUGGAGGCCGUGGACUUCGAGCCGGAGGACGACGACCUCAUGGACGAGGACGGGGGCGUAGACGCCGCCCCUGCCUCGCCGAGGGCCCCACUCCCCAAGCUCAAGUCCGCCAUCACUGGCGGCGCCUCCUCUUCUGCCGUCGCGAGGAAGACCAAGGGCCGUGGCUUUCGCGACGACCAUCCCGACGUCCCCGACCGCUCCACCCGCCUUGCCGCCUCCAACUUCGACUCCCUCAGGUCUCCCGAAGGCCCUGGUCCCCAGCGAUCCAUUGAAGGAUGGAUUAUUUUGGUCAGUGGAGUGCAUGAAGAGGCACAAGAGGAUGAUCUGCAAAAUUCCUUUGGUGAGUUUGGGGAGAUUAAGAAUUUGCAUUUAAAUCUUGAUCGUCGCACUGGGUUUGUCAAGGGAUAUGCCCUGAUUGAGUAUGAGAACUUUGAGGAAGCACAGAGUGCGAUAUCCUCAAUGAACGGUGCAGAAUUUCUUACACAAACUCUCAGCGUUGACUGGGCCUUCAGUAGUGGAUCCUCAGUUAAUGGAGCAAUGAAAAGAAAGAAUACAAGGCCACCUCGAGAACGUCGCUCAAGGAGUCCAAGGAGGAGAUACUAGUGUGACGUGUUGUUCCAUUGUGAUGGCGCGUGAAAUAUCUAAUAUGGGUGACCCGACGUUUGUGCUGGUUAUCAGCAAUGAAAGAUUGCAGUUGCUGCUUUGAUUAACUAGAUUUUUUUUUUUUUUUUUUUAUUAUCUGUCGAUCGAGGAUCUCUUACGUUUCUACUCACAUGUAUGGAAUUUUAAGUGAUGGUUUACCUUAUUUACGAAUUUUGGCGAUCUGUGUUUUAUAAAAUUGCCUUGCUGU